AUGCAAGUUGCUAAUAAAGAUAAUGAUAAUUUAACAGAAGAUGUGAUGCAAAUUGUUAAUGAUAACAAUAACCAAAACGAUAAUUCAACAGUGCAUGUGAUGCAAGUUGCUAAUAAAGAUAAUGAUAAUUUAACAGAAGAUAUGAUGCAAAUUAUUAAGGAUAGUAAUAAAAAAUAG